UCGUCCAGAUAAGAACCGGUUUGAGGAUCUGGAUUUGGUGGUUUAAAACUGAAAAAUAGGUCAAGAAUUGUGUGUGUGUGUUUGUGGUCAGUAUAAAAAACAAUAUGUCAAUGGAAAGUCCCCAUAAAACAUUUAAACCCAACGUGUGUGUGUGUGUGUCAGUCUCUCUGCAGGGCGAGCACCAGCGACGGCUUUACAAAGACUUAAUGAGAAACUACACCCCUCUGGAACGACCCGUUUAUAACGACUCACACUCGCUCACUGUGCACUUCAGCUUCAGUCUGAUGCAGAUCAUGGACGUGGAUGAGAAGAACCAGGUCCUGACAACCAACAUCUGGCUUCAACUGUAUUGGACCGACUAUUAUCUGCAGUGGAACACCAGCGAUUAUCCCGGCGUCAGCACGGUUCGAUUCCCAGACUCCCUCAUCUGGAGGCCGGAUAUCCUGCUGUAUAACAGUGCUGAUGAGAGAUUUGACGCCGCAUUUCACACCAACGUGCUGAUCAACUCUUCUGGAUACUGCCAGUACCUGCCGCCAGGGAUCUUCAAGAGCACGUGCUACAUCGACGUGCGCUGGUUCCCGUUCGACGUCCAGCGCUGCGACCUGAAGUUCGGCUCGUGGACGUACGGCGGAUGGGCUCUGGACCUGCAGAUGAUGGAGGCCGACAUCACCGGCUACAUCGCCAACGGGGAAUGGGAUCUGGUCGGUGAGUUUCACACAGUCAUGCUGGAUCAUUAACGUAAUCAUUAACCAUGUUAUUUAAGUGGGAAUUUAACAUAUUGCAAGAAAUAGCAUGCUGGUAUCAU